ACGCAAGAAACAAGACUAGGAGGACAGAGGGCUACAAUUUUUGUCUAUGCCAUGGAAGGACUGGAGAAUAUGGCAUUUAUCGCCAAUGCCAUAAGCCUGGUAACUUACUUUUACGGCUACAUGAACUUCAGCUUAACAAAAUCUGCAACCACCCUUACAAAUUUCAUGGGGAUUUCAUUUUUACUAGCACUCUUUGGAGGGUUCAUCUCUGACACCUACUUGUCAAGAUUCAAGACUUGUGUCUUGUUUGGGUGCAUAGAAUUGCUGGGAUAUGCCCUCUUAGCAGUACAAGCACACUUCCACCAACUAAGACCAACCCCUUGCCAAGGUCUUGCCGCAAGCCAAACAAAUCAAUGCCAGGCUGCAGACAGCGGCCAGGCCGCAAUACUUUUUACUGGUCUAUACCUCGUUGCUUUAGGCACCAGCGGGGUUAAAGCAGCUUUACCAUCAUUGGGAGCUGACCAAUUUGAUGAAAAGGAUCCUAAAGAAUCAGCUCAAUUGUCUAGUUAUUUCAACUGGUUCUUGCUUAGUCUCACCGUUGGAGCUAUAGUUGGGGUGACUUUCGUCGUAUGGAUAAGCUCAAACCAGGGCUGGGAUUGGGCGUUUGGCGUAUGCACCGUGGCGGUCUUGUUUGCCCUUGUGUGUGUAAGCAUGGGCAAGUCAUUGUAUCGUAACAAUGUUCCCAAAGGGAGUCCUCUCCUUCGUAUUAUACAGGUGUUAGUGGUUGCUAUCAGAAACCGAAAGCUUCCACUACCAGAAAUGGCAGAUGAAUUGCACGAGAUUCAUGACAAGGAAGCGGGGGUGCAAAAUGAAACUCUCCCGAGAACUGAUCAAUUCAGGUUUUUAGACCGAGCAGCAAUUGGCCCGACCCCUGGCGAUGCCUCAACAUCAAUAAGCGCAGGACCCUGGAGGCUGUGUACAAUAACACAAGUUGAAGAAACAAAGAUCCUAAUACGGAUGCUCCCGAUUAUACUCAGCACGGUUUUCAUGAAUACUUGUUUAGCUCAACUCCAGACUUUCACUAUCCAACAAAGCACAACCAUGGACACUCGUAUCCUUGGUUUUAAGAUGCCAGGUCCCUCCAUCCCGGUUAUUCCCCUGGCGUUCAUGUUCGUUUUUAUCCCAAUAUAUGAUCGCAUUUUCGUCCCGAUUGCUCGAAAAGUAACAGGAAUCCCUACUGGAAUUCGAUAUCUUCAACGAAUUGGGGUUGGACUGGUGCUCUCAGCCAUUUCCAUGGCAGUUGCUGGAAUUGUUGAAACACGACGCAAAUCCGUGGCCAUUCAGCACAACAUGGUGGAUUCUCUUCAGCCUCUGCCGAUGAGUGUGUUUUGGCUUGGAUACCAAUAUGCUAUAUUUGGGUUGGCGGAUAUGUUCACGUUAGUUGGGCUGCUAGAGUUCUUCUAUGCAGAGAGUUCAGCAAGGAUGAAGUCAUUGAGCACAGCCAUCUCUUGGUGUUCACUAGCUUUCGGAUACUUCUUGAGCUCGGUGGUGGUGGAGGUGGUGAACAAGGUCAGUGGUGGAUGGCUGGCUAAUAACAACUUGAACAGAGACAAGCUCAACUAUUUUUACUGGUUAUUGGCAGCCGUGAGUGUGGUGAACUUUGGUAUCUACUUGGUUUGUGCCUCUUGGUAUAGGUACAAGAAGGUGGAAGUCGUGAAUCAAGAAGAAAAUAGCAAAUCCUCUAAGGGAAAGCAGCUUGAGAUGGUGACAAUUUAG